UGAAUUGGUCAUGUCGAUUCCUGUACUCCGUGCGCAUUGAGUGGCUGCAUCAUUUACAUUGACAUAUAAAAAAUGUGAAACACCAUGACGCGGUGUGUCUAGACCGUUAUAAAAUGGAGAGAGUACUCGAAGAACGUCUGAGGGAAGCAGUUUGUGUUGGUGACGUGGAUGCUGUGCAAGAGUUCAUAAAUUUAGGAGUCGACGUUAAUGCACGGCAACCUGUCAGCGGAUGGACUGCUUUACACUGGGCAUGCAAGAAGGGACACCUGCUUGUUGCCGCUUUGCUCUUAAAAAAUGGUGCUGAUAGAAACCUGUGGUCCGAGAUGGGUGAAACUCCAGCAUCCUUAUGCAGUAAUCAGCAGAUCUUACAUCUUUUGGGUGCAAGCAGUGAUGCUCAGCGAAUUAUGAACGAUUCGUUGCAUACUGUUACAUCUACGUAUGCUCAACCAGAUUUUCUGCAUGUUGCUACAAAUCCUUCUAAACCCAGAAAUAAUGUGUAUGAUGAAGGCAGAUCCGUCACAUCAUUUCAUGAUGAAUUGGUAUUGAAAAUUCGGGUCGCCAAUUCAGCGGAUCCAGAUUUCGUGGAGGUAGAAUUACCACGGGGUGAGCUGACGUACCAAGCCCUCUUGUACCUGUGUUGCAAGGAACUGGAGCUGAAUCCACAUCAGGUCCAGAAACUAAGAAAAUUACCUAACACUAAACUGAGAAGGGAUAAGGAUGUUCAGAGGCUUCAGAACUUUCAAGAAAUCGAGGUUGUUACGGACACGACGAUCGUAUACAAGAGUAUGCAGAGUGCCAAUGGCCUCGCCAACAACUUGCCGAUAUUGCCGGCCAAUGGAUAUCAGAGUAUAUCCAAGAAGGAUCAAACUAUUUUGUACUGAUCGUUCACGUCAGAAAGGAAUCCUUCUUCCCAGUUUCAAGUAUUACAGUUAUCAGGCAUCUCAAAUAUUAGCUCGUAAACGAGUAUAAAAUAAACAAGUAAACAGGCUAUUUAUUAAGCAACGUCUUACGUUGAGCAUUUAUCUAAUAUUUAAGUCCAAAGUAUGGUCAACUAUAGGGUGUAAUAAAGAACAAGCAUAAUUUAAUGUUAAAUUUAGAAAUAUUAGAUUUAGAUAAUGUACAUUAGAGAUCUGAGAGUAACAAGUUUUUUGUAAUUGGUUUUUAGAAUAAAACAAAUGCGAAUUUUUAUAUA